AUGUUCGCGGGGAAUGGCUCCUACGCAGGGAGGGGCUCGUGCGCGUCCGCUUCCGCCUCCUUUUCUGCCUCCGCUUCCGCUUCUUCCGCUUCCGCUUCCGCGCUCCCCGUGGUAGUGUGGCACGGGUUCUUCGACUCGUGCAGCAACGACAAGAGCGUGGGGUAUCUGCGCGCCGCGGUGCGGGGCGUGCUUCCCGACGUGUUCUUCCACUCCAUAUGCGUCAAGGAAGAGGGCGUCCGCGAUAUAAGCUCCUCCAUAUUCGGAUCGAUCGACCAACAGAUCGACGAGGUCUGCGCGUCCCUCGCAGCCAUUCCGCAACUCGCGGGGGGCUUCAACGCCAUCGGAAUCAGCCAGGGCGGGCUGCUCUUCCGCGCGUACGUGCAGCGCUGCAACUCUCCCCCCGUGCGCACGCUCAUCACGCUCGGUUCCCCGCACGCGGGCAUGGCGGCGCUUCCUUACUGCGGCCCGAGCAGGGAGAGUGAUGCGGAAAAUAAAGAGGAGCUGAACCAUGCCGGGUGCAUGCGGGGUGGGGAUGAUGAUGACGUGGCGGCGAACGCCACGUGCAGCGCCAGUGUGUCAGCGGACUGGGAAGGGGAAAGCACGUGGCAGGAGGAAGGGGAGGAAUCGGGCGGACUUAGUAGUUUAGGAGGCGUUGGCGUGUCGGCGCUAAGAGUGCUUGCAGCAAGUAGCAACGGCCUUAGCGGCUUCAGCGGCGGGUUGAGCGGACUCAGCAGCGGCUCGGCUUCCCCCCUCUUCUCCUCCCCUCUUCCCCUUCCCCCAAUUUCCCCGCCUCCCCAACUUCCCCACUUCCCAACCUCCCCAACUCCCCCAUCCCCAAAUAUUUUCUGCCAGUGGUUCUGGUCGCACGACCGCUUCGGGAAUCUGCUCCCGUUACAAGAGCAGCCGAUGUUUGCAGAGGAUUGGCUGGGGUUGCGGACCCUGCACGAGAAGAAAAAGCUGCACUUCACCACCAUGCCUGGCUCUCAUGGCAUCAUCAACCCCUCGCUCUUUGCCCGUGAGUUCGUUUCCAAGUAUCUCGUCCCCGAGCCAGCCAUUCGGUCGGCGCGGCGUCUGCCCCCAGUGGCAGACGCCGCACUGGCAAGGGCAAGGGGGGCAAGGGAGCGGGUGGAGCCAGAGGGGGCGGUGGAGGAGGCGGUGGGGGUGGAGGGGGGAGUGGGGGUGGCGGGGGGGGUGGUGGCGGGAGUGGAGGUAGUAGUGGCGGCGGUGGAGGCGGAGGUGGCGGCGGAGGUGGUAGCGGAGGAGGCGGUGGGAGCGGUGGGAGCGACGGUCCUGGUGGGGGAGGUGGCGGUGGCAACGGGGGUGGCGGUGGAGGCGGGGGUGGCGGUGGAGGAGGGGGUCGGAUGA